CCGGCCUCGCUCUUCCACGCGCGCGUGCUCGCCCUGGUGCUCACCGACCUGCUGGGCACCUGCUCCGUGAGCCCCUUGGUGCUCGCCUCCUACCACCGCAACCGCACGCUCACCGCCCUCGCGCCCGCCGACCGCCUCUGCCUCGCCUUCGGCUUCUGCAUGAGCUUCUUCGGCCUCGCCACCAUGCUCAUCCUCUUCGCCAUGGCGCUGGAGCGAUGCCUGGCCCUGGGCCUGCCCUACUUCUACGAGCGCUUCCUCAGCCCCCGCGCUGCCUUCGUGGCCCUGCCUGCCCUCUACACCUUCUCUGCCGCCUUCUGCUCCCUGCCCUUGCUGGGCUUUGGACGCUACGUGGAGUAUUGCCCUGGCACCUGGUGCUUCAUCCAGAUGCACUACCUGCGGCCCGACAGGAAGGAUGUCACCUUCUCGCUGCUCUACGCCACCCUGCUGCUCCUGCUCAUCGUGGCCGUGCUGCUCUGCAACCUCAGCGUCAUCGCCAACCUGGUGCGCAUGCACCGGCGCGGGCAGCAGCCCCGCGGCCCGGCCACGCUGGGCAAGUUCUCCAUGGCGGAGGAGAUCGACCACCUCCUCCUGCUCUCCAUCAUGACCAUCACCUUCGUCAUCUGCUCCCUGCCCUUCACGCUCCCCAGCUCAUUGUGCCCCGUCUCCGAGGGCCCGACCAACUUGCAAACGCGGGGGCUUUGCAGCCAAGGGGUGGGUGGCACGAGGGUGCUGAUGCCUCAUGAAGAACCACAGAACUGGGUUAAAUCCAUAGGCAGCGAGGGGCCGCGGGGCCAGGCGGGACCGCUCUGCGCCUACCCUCGACACCGCAGUCAUAAAGCAGAGCCGAGCACCAAAACUCAAAACGUGGCCCGAUCCCCGCUGGGCUGCGAGGUCCUGCAAGGCCACCGCGUGCCGCCUUGUCCCGGGAUCACCAGCUUCCAGGAUCCCAGCUUUGCCUGCGGCUCUGGGAGCGGGAACAGGCCGUGCCCAGGCAUGACCCGCGUCCCAACGGAGCCCACCCCAAAACCCAGCGUGGAUGCUGGCGCUGCUCAGCAGAAACCGCUCCUGGGCGUCUGCUCCGAAACCAGAGUCUCCGUCCCCUCAUCCAGGGCACUGAGGAAGAUGUCAGACACUGGCCCCAAUAUCGACCACUGGUGA